UUGGCUGGAGUGGGCGGAUCUGCAGGUGUCCUACGCUCUUAGAGAGGCAGGGUUAGGAGAAGGUGAUCAAUCUCCAUCCGUCUACAUUAGCAAUCACCUUAAACUAGUGACAGACACGAACGAGAAAGCCAAAGCAAAUGAGUUUAAUGUAUUUGGUUUUAAACCCCGGGAACACACUCUGAAUAGACUACAAGAAGUCCAGCUAAAGGCCAGACACGUGCGCCAUAUAAACAUUGCUGCAUAUCUGCAGCUUUGAGGAGAGUUUUAGACGACAUCUAUUUGGUGAGGUUCCUCGGUCGGUUUGCCUUCCUGAACUAUUGCAUUGGUGGAUAUUUUUUUAUCGUCUGUUCAGACUGCAAAGAAAAAAAAAAUCAGAAGAGGAGAAGGACGGAGGGUUCUGAAAAAAGUAACUUAAAUUGGGUCCGUCCUUCGUCAAACUGCAACAUCGGGGGAAAUCGAACUAUUGGCAAGAUCUGGGGGGACCCGUGACUGCCUCUAGCAUGAUGUCAUACCUCAAACAGCCCCCCUACGCCAUGAACGGCCUGGGGCUGAGCGGCGCAGCCAUGGACCUACUGCACCCGUCGGUCGGAUACCCAGCAACGCCCAGAAAGCAGAGGCGGGAAAGAACGACAUUCACGCGCUCACAGCUUGAUAUUCUCGAGGCGCUCUUUGCCAAAACUCGUUACCCGGACAUAUUUAUGAGAGAGGAGGUGGCACUGAAGAUCAACCUUCCCGAGUCCAGAGUUCAGGUGUGGUUUAAGAACCGUCGUGCUAAAUGUCGUCAGCAGCAGCAGAGUGGCAGCAACACUAAAGCUCGGCCCGCAAAGAAGAAAUCUUCACCCACCCGGGAGAGCACGGGCUCGGAGAGCAGCGGCCAGUUCACCCCUCCUGCCGUCUCCAGCGCUGGCUCUUCCUCCUCCUCCUCUUCCUCAACCAAUAACACAGGCAUCAGUAGCACCUCUACCUCUAUCAGUACUGUCUCCUCAAUCUGGAGCCCUGCCAUUUCUCCAGGCUCCGCUCCCCCGUCUGUCUCCCUGCCGGAGCCCGUCGCUCCCUCAAACGCCUCCUGCAUGCAGCGCUCCGUCUCAGGCACGGCCAGCUCCUCCUACCCCAUGCCCUACAACCAGACCACCGGCUACAGCCAGGGCUACCCGACUCCUUCUGGUUCUUACUUCAGCGGUGUGGACUGUGGCUCCUAUCUGGCCCCCAUGCACUCUCACCACCACCCUCAUCAGCUCAGCCCCAUGACGGCGUCGUCCAUGCCCACGCACCCCCACCACCACAUCAGUCAGUCCUCAGGACAUCACCACCACCAUCAUCACCAGGCCUACAGUGGCACUGGCCUGGCCUUCAAUUCUUCUGACUGCCUGGAUUACAAGGAGCAAACGGCCUCCUCCUGGAAGCUCAACUUCAACACUACAGACUGUUUGGACUACAAAGACCAAGCGUCCUGGAGGUUCCAAGUCUUGUGAUCUGAUUUUUUUAAAAUGCCCUCCAUUUUCACAAUCUCUCUGUUUUAAUAGUGUGCUGAGUUUAAGGAAAAAAAAAUAUAUGGACUUGCAGAUUUUAACAAAAUAGUUAGAUGUUCGUCACAUUUUUAAAAGUGA